CAAGCCCCGCCGUCUGUCCACAUUCUGCGGCUUUUUCGGUUCAAGUGCGUGUCGCCUCUCGAUCGCGGGGGAAAGGCACCGACACUUAUCUCCCCUUUCUAAUCAGGAGGUGGAGUUCCCAGCGCUUCAACCUCCGCGGGAACCAGGCGUCUGCUGCGAUGUCAACACGGAGCUGAAACUGCACAUCUGGCGGCUCCGGUUCAUGACAGCUCACACCAGUCAUGGAGUUCAACACGCGUGUCACCUUGUGGAUAUUUCUCUUGUGUCUCGUCGGAGAGAGUUGGACAGAAAAGACCAGUUCGUCCACACCCGAGAGUCAACUUGGUGAAAAUGGCAUGUCAGAAUUUUGUCGCAUCGAUGACUCACUGUGCAAGGAUGAGAACGGCCUUCUCAGCUUUGAGGCUAUUCGCAGUAUUCACAAGCAGAUGGACGAUGACGCAAACGGCAACGUCGACGUGGCCGAGACGGACGGCUUUCUGAGAGAAGAUUUAAACUACCAUGACCCAAAGGCCAAGCACAACACCUUCCACGGAGAUGACCAGUUCAUCAGUGUGGAGGACUUGUGGAACACGUGGAGGGGAUCUGAAGUGUUUAACUGGACAGUGGAUGAGGUGGUCGAGUGGCUCAUCACCUAUGUGGAGCUGCCACAAUAUGUGGAGGCAUUUCGCAAGAUGAAUUUCAAUGGAAGUGUCAUGCCAAGGCUUGCCGUAAAGAACACCACUCUGACACUGUCUAUACUGAAGAUUUUGGAUCGCAGCCAUGUGCAAAAGUUACAGCUGAAAUCCUUGGACACUGUGCUGUUUGGAGCCCCCAUGAUGAAUAGACACAACCACUUGAAGGACUUCAUGCUGGUAGUGUCAAUAGUCAUAGGCAUGGGUGGUUGCUGGUUCGCCUACAUCCAGAAUCGCUACUCAAAGGACCACAUGAAGAAGAUGAUGAAAGACCUGGAGGGCCUGCAGAGAGCUGAGCAGAGUCUGCACGACCUACAACAGAAGCUGCAGAUCGCCCAGGAAGAGCACCGCACUGUCGAGGUGGAGAAGGUGAACCUGGAGCAGAAAAUGAGGGAUGAGAUCAAUGCAGCCAAGCAGGAGGCCCAUCGGUUAAGAGAGCUGCGUGAGGGCACCGAGAACGAACUGAGUCGCCAGAAGUACGCAGAAGAAGAGCUAGUGCAGGUGCGCAUGGCAUUGAGGAAAGCUGAAAAGGAACUGGAGUCCCGCAGCAGCUGGUCGCCACCGGAGUCUCUGCAGAAGUGGCUGCAGCUCACCCACGAGGUGGAAGUGCAGUACUACAACAUCAAGAAGCAAAACGCUGAACGGCAGCUCCUGGUAGCCAAGGAAGGGGCAGAGAAGAUAAAGAAAAAGAGGACCACUCUCUUCGGGACUUUCCAUGUGGCUCACAGCUCCUCCCUGGAUGAUGUGGAUCACAAAAUACUGGCAGCAAAACAAGCCCUGGGUGAGGUGACGGCUGCAUUGCGGGAGAGGCUUCAUCGCUGGCAGCAGAUAGAGAUCCUCACGGGGUUCACCAUCGUCAACAACCCCGGCCUGCCCUCGCUGGCCUCGGCCCUCAACCUCGACUCCAGCUACACAGGCGGCAGAGCGACGCCCCAGCACUUCAUCAUGUCCGACGACAUGGACGACUUGGACGAGGAUAUCGUGCCCGCAACUCUGCAAUAUGGCACCCGACUGUUGGAGCGGCGAGCCAGUGACCUGUGGCCCAUCGGUUUAGACUGGCAGCCCUUGAGGAAACAUCCUGCUCCCAGUAUGAUGUCACUGCGCCAACGCCACAUUGACCCCCAGCUGGCCAUGGGCUCCCAGAGGUUGGUAGAGAGUUGCCUGUUGGGGGGGCAGCAGGGAGAGCGAUCCCCGUACCCAUCCAGGUCUCGUGCUGCGCUCAUUCAGUCCCGUAGCCAGUCGUUUGGGCAGCUCGAGUGUCUCCCUCUGCCCCCUCUCUCCUCCGCUGUGUCUCAUCCCUCCAUCACCUGUGCCUUCAACCCUCAGUCCCUGUCCUCCUCUUCCUCCUGCUUACCCAGCUCUGUGGGUGUAGCCCCUCAUUCCUCCCAUUUGUAUCACGCCUCUUUCCAGCCCAUGGACCCCAUUCCUGAUUUCACCUUCUCCGAUGUCUCCAAAGGGCACUCCUCGUGCGGCGACAGCCUCGGGGACCUUAAUCGUUCUGACUCCGACUCCUCGCUGUCCCUCUCCCAAGUUGGUGAUCGCCUGUCCGCCUACAGCUCCAAAGGCUACCUAAUCAAGCCCACCUCUCUCAUGCACAGUCUGUCCGGCCGCGCAGAGGAUGCCGUCUCACUGCACGGCCACACCCCCAACGGAGGAAACCGCAUCCACGAGGGCAAUCCCACCGAGGCCGUCGCCGACAGCCCCUUGCUCAUGAAGAAGGUGUGCGGCGUGGACGAGUCGCCCAGCCUUGGGGAGAUCAACAGCCUGUCCGAGUCGUCCCGCUCCCUCAGCCCCAACUCCACUGAACCGGACACGCCAUCCCCUACAGGAGGGCAACUGGGGGCCGCGGGGCCAAAGGUUAACAGCCGCAUCCCUCAGCUGUCCUCCAAGAAGAGCCCUCUGGAGGAGGACAGCGGCUCAACGGGAGAAGAAACGGAUUCCACGGCCAGCCGCAAGAAACACACCUUCAAGAUCUUCAAGAAGCAGAAGAAAUAAGGGCUACAAGAACUGCAGGCUGAUCAAAGCUGUAUGACCGUAUUCCUCUGGUCUGUUUUUGGAAAAGGGAAGAAAAAAAAAAGUUUUUAAAGUUUUGGGGGUUCAUUAAUGAUGGCAUCGUCUGUUGCAUCUUUCUGUGGGUACAACUCCUGCCUAGGGAAACUGUUGGAGCGAGCAGCUGUUACCUUUCAUCUGCGUCGUCUGGUCAAUGUUGAAUCUGUGGGGAACGGGUAGAUUUGUAUAUUGGAAUGUAAAGUAUAAUUUAUUCUGCAGGAAAUCGUGCCAGUGUCAAAGGGAAACUGGUCUCCCAGUUGGUUUUCCUUCCUUGCUCUACAAUCUAUAACAUUUAGCAUGUCCUCACCUUCGUUUGACCGAUACGCGAAUGCUCUUAGUGUUUGCUUGGUUCUUGUCGUCAAACCUGCUUUCGACAACUCUCGAUGUUUCUUUUAUUACUACUUAACCACCCAAACCUACAGAUCCAAAGUGAAUGCGCACUCCUCUCUUUUCACCCAGUACUUUGUUUUUAUUGAUGGUAACGAGUCUUUCCGUAUUUUGUUGUCUUCUUCUUGGCAGAGCAGAUGAAACCUUCCGGACUCUUUCAGCUUCCUAUAACUACAGAAGUGCAGUCAUAGAAAACUUGGACUGGUAUAUUCUCAGUGUUCACUUUUGUUAUGAAUGGUGUAAUAAUAACUUGCAGCCGUGGAUCGCACCCAUGUCCACGAUGACAUUGUCUACAAGACAAAGUUGGACAAGAGGUAAAUCUCCCUACAAAGUUACAGAAGGACCAUCAAAUUGCGGCGUCAGACAUUUUGUUUUAGGGUUUUUAAUAUUUAGGGUUGAGUACGUGAGUGAGUGAGAGAAAUGCUUUGCUGAAAUGUGCAGCUUUUAAAACAAUGCCAAGGGUAACCACUGAGCUUUGGUUUUCACCGUGGGGUCCAGGCUCUUCUAUAUAUUUAUUUGUAUGAGUGUUUGAAUUUCCUAUUCAUGACGUCCAGCUUGGACGAAGGGUAUCCUUUUGUCAUUGGGCAGAAAUGUUACCAAAAACAGAAUUACCAAAAUGUUUAAUAUAACACGUAAGAUGAAAAACAAGAAAUUCAUCAAAGACCUUAACGUAGAAUUAUUGAAGCAUAUUUUUAAGCACAACUAUUCUUAGUUGACAGUUUUCUUUUGUUUUCAAGUUGAUCCUCCUGACAGACAAAUGGAAUGCAACCAUUCCCACUGAAAGUUCAUUUGAUUAAGUUCAAUUUUGAUUUUGGCUCCUGCUCUCCUGUGUCUUGUCGAUUCUGUUUUUAACGAUUCUUCAGGUGGAAGAUGAAAUCUUCACCACAGAUUGUCAGUGGCUGACGGGGCGCUGGUAAGGGCUAAAACUACAGGGCAAAAAAACCCCAAAACAGUUGGUUUGUGUGGAUUAUGAAUUAUGAAGCUCUCUGUAAGUUAAACAAGUUAUAAAGGCAGAACACAUAUAAUGUCAAUGUGCCAAAUCACUGUUUCUGCCAGUGGCCUUGUAUUUGCGUUGUGUGAGCCUCCUUUACACAAGACGGGCAACCACGUGACUCGUGUCCUGUAGUUGAAACGCUGAAUGUCCGAGCGGAUUCCGUCCGUCACGGUAUCACCAGUACAGUAUGUUUACAUUUGUUACAGGUCACAACCCUGCCACCAGAUUGACCGCGGCAGAGAAACGUUGUGCCACUUUUAAUAGCGACGGCCUCUCGUGAGCACAGAUCUAUGCAUCGUUAGUUGUAGGUGAUGACUCGAGUAGAACGGACACCAGUAGACUUAGGGUGCUCCUGAUCGACGAACAACCAAAAAAAGUGCUGCAAGAGACAUCGGCCUCCCCCAGCCUCGUUAUGUAACCGUUGGUUUGGAUGUACAAGACAUGUCUGAAUAUUUAAACUUACAAACCACGUGAGGGAGGAAAAGAAACAACUUCUUAAUGGUACUUUUUAAAAAGUGUUGUUUGAACCUCUUUUGCACGAUAAAUGCCAUCUGAAUGUGAGUGUGUGUCCGUCUGCACCCGGUACAAUGCACUGUAAUGUUGAUGCAUGUCAACUGCUGUAACAAAACCUAUAUUGGGAUCGAAAGAGUGGGUCACCUUAAGCUCUUCACUCCCCGUCCUUACUUUGACUUUUUCCUCUCUCUUCAUUUUCAGCUUCUAUUUAAUGAAUACAUUGCAGUAUAUUUGUACAGAGAAAAUGAUACAUUUUGCAUCUUCUGUGAUGGUCUACACUUUUAUGGAACUCCUGCAUGAUAGCAAUAAACUAUUUUGAAUGAAA